AUGAAUGUUUACCUGAUCUCAGGGCAUUUGUUUCUACUGUGUUAUUGGGAGAAGCAGAGCAAAAAGAGAAUGAUCAGUCAUCAAAAGCAUCAGAUCAACCAAGUGACUCAACAACACCUGAGUCUGAUCAAGGUUAGAUUGCUGCCCAAGACACUGCAGAGACAUCUAACAUCUCUGGAACUGCUACCCUACUAUUCGCGAAUGGUUGCCACACUGUCAACUUGUAUGAAGGAUGUCCCUUCUAUACUCUUGCUGUAUUUGGUUAUGUUCUAUGGUUUAGCUGUGGUGACAUUUGGUACCGCUGUUCCAGCUGGCCAAUUUGUUCCAGGUAUAAUGAUUGGAUCUACAUAUGGACACCUUGUUGGCAUGUUUGUUGUUAGACUCUAUGAAAAGCUCAACAUUGAAGAAGGAACAUAUGCUUUGCUUGGAGCUGCCUCGUUUCUAGGAGGUUCAAUGAGAAUGGCAGUCUCACUUUGUGUUAUUAUGGUUGAAAUUAGAAAUAAUUUAAAGCUGUUACCUCUUAUCAUUCUUGUUCUCCUCAUAUCAAAAGCACGGUCUUAGCGACUUUGUGAAGCCCGUUUCUAGUAAAGGACUAUCAAUAUCUGAUAUCCAUCUAACUCUAGAUGAUUUGGAAGCUUUGGAGGAAACGAGAGUGAAGCAAAAGUAAACACACAGAGACUUGUUG